AUGAUCAGAAAUAAAGUUAUUUUGUAUAUGUGUUCAGUAUUUAUUGGUAUUGAAGUUAUUUUAUUGGUUGAACAACAAUUGAUAAUGAUACAACGUGAUGCUGUUCAAGGCUCAAUUGUUAAACAACAAACAACUCCUGUCGUGGGCACCAAUGGAAAUUUAAGUAUGCUAAGAAAGACAACUCUUACCAUUCCAAAAUAUUUUGUACCAGAGACUCUUGUGGCGAAAAGCAUUCAGCAAUUGAAAAGGGAAAAUAUCACUAUGCUUUCGAGACCAACUAUGAAAUAUCCCUGGGCCAGUGAAAGACUAACAGAUUUUGGAAAGAAGAUUACUGAAAGACAAAAAAAGGGUAUAGAUACCGAAAAUCUGCAUACUAUGCAUUUAAAACGACCACACUUUUCAAAAAGUGCAAGAGCAAAGCGAAGAUUGGAUCGAAUACAGCAUUAUUGUGAAGUGAACAAUGUAGAGGGGAAAGUUGAAAGAGUAAUUGUAAAUCCACAGAAAACAGUUUCUUAUUGCAUAUCUCACAAAGUCGCUUCGACACAUUGGUUACGGGUAUUUAGGUAUUUAUGGAACGACACCUCUACAGGGAGUGUUUCAAGUCCGUCAAAAAUAUCCAAGAUUGAGGCUCACUUUUCUCGAACAUCUAAAAUUAAAGAGUUUUCGUUUAUAGAACCGAAGGCAAAGGAUUUCAUCCUGAAUACUUCACGGUUUAUGUUCGUUAGAGAACCGUACAUCCGUUUGUGGUCUGUGUUCAUUGAUAAGUUUGUGUUAGCAGAUAAUUAUUUUUGGUCGUAUCAUGGUCCCCAGAUUGCUAAAGUGAAUGACUUAAAAGUUCUACCAGCAAGACGGCCGUGUUAUCAUUUCAGUUUUAAUCACUUUAUAAAUUAUGUGAUAUCAUCCUCAAAAAGCUACAACACCAUGGACGACCAUAUGAAACCAAUUUCUAGAUUGUGCAACCCGUGUUUGCUGAAACCAGAUUUUGUGGGAAAAGUGGAAACAAUGAAGAAUGACAAUGAAGAGGUAUUAAGAGUGCUUGAUGUAAAUUGGGAAGGUGAUAAAGAUUCGGUUAUCAGUGAUCGAAUCUAUGACGAAAUGAAAACCGUUAUAGAUUUCAACUAUUAUAUCGUACAUACCCUCAAAUUAUUAACAGCGUGCUUAAAUACAGUAAGCGUGGGAGAAAGAAUAUUGAGUGCUUUCGUAUUAAAUGGAUAUAUACCAGAAAGUGCCGAUAAGCAGCUUCGCGAAAAUAUGCCGUCAACGAAAGAAAAACUUUUGAACAUGAUGUGGAAAGCAUACCAAUCUUCAAAUAGAACACAUAAAAGCGUCAAUGAACAAAGGAAUCGGCUGAGGAGAAAGGCCUUUCAACUCAUUCCUUUAGAUUCCCUCCAUGAACUUCAGCGCAUCUAUUAUGAUGAUUUCAAUUUGUUUGAUUAUCGCCUUGAUCCGCCUGAAAUAUUUUACAAUAAAUCCGUUUCUUAA